AGUGUGGAGUGUUGUUAUAGUAUCUAGUCCCCUUUUCCCUUUAACAGUCUUCGCUCCACAAAAUUUUCGCAAUCCAAAUGCCAUGGCUUCCUUAGAACCUCCCGCCGCCGUUACACCGCCGUCCUCCAAGCCCAACCUCCUCCCUCUCCCCUCCCCCACAAUUAUCACCCCCUCCGCCGCAGCAUUAGCCGCCGUCGCUCCGACCACCUCCUCUUCCUCCCCCGCCACGCUCUCCGUCGCAACCCCUCUACCUACCCCUUCCGACGCCGAAUUAGUCCACAUCCCUAGCUACUCCCGUUGGUUCUCUUUGGACGGCAUUAGCGAAUGCGAGAUUCGCUGCCUGCCGGAGUUUUUCGAUUCCCGGUCCCCUUCGAGAAACCCUAGGGCGUACAAGUACAUCCGGGACUCCAUCAUCAAGCAAUUCAGGCGGAAUCCUUCCUCGAAGAUCACCUUCACCGAAGUCAGGAAGACGCUCGCCGCCGACGUCAUCUCCAUCCGCAGAGUUUUCGAUUUCUUGGACGCAUGGGGCCUCAUCAAUUACUCUCCGGCUGCAUUGAGCAAGCCCUUGAAGUGGGAAGAGAAGGAUUCCAAGACCUCCCAGCACGCCGCCGAUUCGCCGGCGGGGCCUUCCUCGGACUCCACUCCUCCGGUCAGGGAAACUACAAAGUGGCUCUGUGGCAGCUGCAAGUCCGUCUGCAGCAUCGCUUGCUUUGCUUCCGACAAGUGCGACUUAACUCUUUGUGCACGGUGCUUUGUGCGGGGGAAUUAUCGGGUGGGACUUAGUUCUUCGGAUUUCAGGCGGGUUGAGAUAAGCGAUGAGAUGAAAACAGAUUGGACGGAGAAAGAGACUAUGCAACUUUUGGAAGCGGUAAUGCACUAUGGUGAUGACUGGAAGAAGGUUGCACAGCAUGUUGGUGGUAGAAGUGAAAAGGACUGCAUCACCCACUUCAUUAAGCUUCCCAUGGGGGAGAAGCUUGCUGGUUCUGCAGAAUUUGGAUCCGGUAUCAACAAGCUAAACCAGAUGAAAGAUGAUAACAGUAGUAACUCUUCCUCCUCUGGUAAAAGAUUGUGCCUUUCGCCUCUUGCAGAUGCAAGCAACCCGAUAAUGGCUCAGGCUGCCUUCCUCUCGGCUUUGGCUGGGACAGCUGUUGCUGAAGCCGCUGCUCAGGCGGCUGUAACUGCAGUGUCCAAGGUUGGACAUGGAGAAGCCAACGCUCACUUCAGAAGUCUUCAUGGGGUUCAAGGAUUGCAAAUUACUCGAGCAUUGAGAAGACAAGUGAUGAGUUAUGUGUUUCUCUAUUCAGAUGCAAGUAUCACAUCCAACGGCAGUAACAAGUUGAAGUCCUCUGAAGAGGCCCGUUCAGGUGUAAAUACAAUGCCGGAGGAGAAGGUGAAUGUUGAGGAAGAGCUUCGUACAGUUGCAAUGGUACAGAUGAAGCAUAUCCAAGAGAAGAUCAUUCAUUUCGAGGAGAUAGAUUCACAGAUAGAUAAAGAGUGGAAACAGAUGGAGCAAAUGAGAGAUAUCUUGUUUUAUGACCAGUUGAACCUCUUAAAGCACGAAAGAUCAAUUCGGAAAACUGGUCAGCAAGCAGCGGAGGGCACGAGAGCAGGGUGAUUAUGUCAGUUAGAUGUAUGUUUCAUAGUAUCAGAAAUUUCCCGUAGUUUGUUUAGUCUUACGUAUUUUGACAAUGUAGAAGAAGAGUAGGUAGUCCACUCCACUGGGUGGUUUAACAAAAUUAGAGAAGACUAUGCUUGCCUCUGUCACUUACUCGGUGCAGUUGUAUCAAACGUAACACAUAAUGAAAUGCACUUAUUAUCAACAUACAGCCGAU